CGCCCCAAACCGCCCGCUCCCGUGGUGCUAGGACUGACGUGUCUUUCGCGGAGGUGCUGUGCGCCGGAGCAGGGUCGGCGGCGGGGAGCGUCGCCUCACUCCCAGCCGAGCGGAGCCGAAGCGAGACCCGGAGCCCAAGCAGCCGCCGCCAUGGCGAUCAAAUUUCUGGAAGUCAUCAAGCCCUUCUGUGUCAUCCUGCCGGAAAUUCAGAAGCCGGAGAGGAAGAUUCAAUUUAAGGAGAAAGUGCUGUGGACCGCUAUCACCCUCUUCAUCUUCUUAGUAUGCUGCCAGAUCCCCCUGUUUGGUAUCAUGUCUUCAGAUUCAGCCGACCCUUUCUAUUGGAUAAGAGUGAUUCUAGCCUCCAACAGAGGCACACUGAUGGAGCUAGGUAUCUCUCCCAUUGUCACCUCUGGCCUCAUCAUGCAGCUCUUGGCUGGCGCCAAAAUAAUUGAAGUUGGUGACACCCCAAAAGACCGAGCCCUCUUCAAUGGAGCCCAAAAGCUAUUUGGCAUGAUCAUUACCAUUGGCCAGUCUAUCGUGUAUGUGAUGACAGGAAUGUACGGGGACCCUUCUGAAAUGGGUGCUGGAAUCUGCCUGUUAAUCACCAUUCAGCUCUUUGUUGCUGGCUUAAUUGUCCUGCUUUUGGAUGAACUUCUGCAAAAAGGGUAUGGCCUGGGCUCUGGUAUCUCCCUCUUCAUUGCCACUAACAUCUGCGAGACCAUUGUGUGGAAGGCGUUCAGCCCCACUACUGUCAACACUGGCCGAGGAAUGGAAUUUGAAGGUGCCAUCAUUGCACUGUUCCAUCUACUGGCCACACGCACUGACAAGGUCCGAGCCCUUCGAGAGGCAUUCUACCGCCAGAAUCUCCCCAACCUCAUGAAUCUGAUCGCCACCAUCUUUGUCUUUGCAGUGGUCAUCUAUUUCCAGGGCUUCCGAGUGGACCUGCCCAUCAAGUCGGCCCGUUACCGAGGCCAGUACAACACCUACCCUAUCAAGCUCUUCUACACCUCCAACAUCCCCAUCAUCCUGCAGUCCGCCUUGGUGUCCAACCUCUACGUCAUUUCUCAGAUGUUGUCAGCCCGCUUCAGUGGCAACCUGCUGGUCAGCCUACUGGGCACCUGGUCUGAUACGUCUUCCGGGGGUCCAGCACGUGCUUAUCCAGUUGGUGGCCUUUGCUAUUACCUGUCCCCUCCGGAAUCUUUUGGCUCUGUGCUAGAAGACCCUGUCCAUGCCGUUGUGUACAUAGUGUUCAUGCUGGGCUCGUGCGCAUUCUUCUCCAAAACGUGGAUUGAGGUCUCAGGCUCUUCUGCCAAAGAUGUUGCAAAGCAGCUGAAGGAGCAGCAGAUGGUGAUGAGGGGCCACCGGGAGACUUCCAUGGUCCAUGAACUCAAUCGAUACAUCCCCACGGCUGCAGCCUUCGGUGGGCUCUGCAUCGGGGCCCUCUCUGUCCUGGCUGACUUCCUGGGCGCCAUCGGGUCUGGAACCGGGAUCCUGCUCGCCGUCACGAUCAUCUACCAGUACUUCGAGAUCUUCGUAAAGGAGCAGAGCGAGGUCGGCAGCAUGGGGGCCCUUCUCUUCUGAGCCCUGUCUCCCCUGGGCCAGGGGGAGGAGGCGUGCCCAGAAUUGCUGAGGAAGGGGACAGCAGAGCCUCUCUGAGGGGACUCGUCACAGCGCGUGCUGCUCUGGCGUACGGACUUCUGUUUCAUAAUUUCGUAUUCUUUCAUUCCACUUUGUAAAGUCCUAGAAAUUUUCCAAUUUGAAAUUUUGCUUUUCAUUCUGGCAUUGGCAAAAGAACUAUAGAAGUGAGGUUUAUUCAGCUCACUGCCAGAGGUGGGGGUGGUAAACCACUGUCCCCAAGUGUCCACGUAACUUUUGUUUUAACCUUCGCACCUUCUCAGUGCCGUUGCGGCCGCAGUGGUCUCCGCCGUUCCCCCAUGCUGGGGGUGCCCUGGAGAGAAGCACAAACACUGUGAAAUGUGUCUGUUCGUUGUGGCGUGGGGUGUGAGGCUGGGGGCAGAUCUUGUGUUUGCCGGUGGGUGUGGGCAGCUCGCCAGCGUGUCCCCUUCCCAGUCGGGUAGGCGUAUCUGGCUUAAUACUGUUUCUCUCGAAGUCACAAUUGUUCUUUCUUUUAAAAGUAGUUUUUUAGGACAGAGCUUUUUCCAAAAGAGAGGGAUGAAUUUCCCAGGUCAUAUGCUUGGGCCAUCUGUUAAUUUUUCUGCACGUGCCUCUUGGCUCUUCUCGUUUACUGUUCCAGUCGGGCUUUGAGUCCGAAAAGAACAGAGUGAGCCUGGCUCUGCCGUCUCUGUCUUUAGGCAGCUUGUAUCCUCUGACCGAGCGAGGCCAGGACUCAGCAGCUUUACAGAGUUGCACUUGGCCGAGCUAGGUAGACGUUGUGUGGAGGACCCUUGAAGUGAUGUCUGUCUGUCCACUUCUUCCGGUCAGUUGUCACUGGACUUGCCUGGUUCGUUCACUCCUCUUCUUACCCCUAGAGAGGGGAGGCACGUGGCCGGCACUGAGAGGGUGGAAAGAGCGAUUGGCGUUCACAGGCCACUGCUUCCUUCUAGGCUGAAAACUCCCCACUCGUAUUGUUAGAACAUUUUUAUUGUGCUUAGGACCAAAUGCACGUAAAGUCAAUGACAAGCUGCCGCCAGUCUCCUCUCGACUUUUGCCAGCACCGCCCAGCAGAGAGGAGAGUACAGCCUGAGCCAGGGGAAGUCAGGGUCUGAGCUGGUUGUCUUGGUAAGUUCUUCCGUGGUUUGAUAUAAAAAGAUUCCAAGUUACAUUUAAAAUAAGUUCUGUUCCCAAUAAUAGGUGACCUAGAUCUUAGAAGUUGGAACCUUUUCCUAAGGCCUUUCGGGAGGCCCCUGUCGGGGCAGGCAGGGCUUGGCAGCAGGGGCGGCAGAGCCGGGUGCCGCAAGCCUGCAGCUUCUCCCUGGAGGAUGCCCCAGUUCUAAGAAGGGAGUAUCAGGGGCCAGCGCAGCCCUGUGGAGACAGACACCCCACCAGCAACAGGCACACAGUGGCCUUCGAAGCACAGAGCCAUGGUCACAAUUCAGUAGAGGUGGCACACCUGGCGCUUGUCUGAGUCAGGAGGGGCUCCCAGGAGACCUCACUGGCAUUGCUAACCAGGGAACAGACUGGCUGAGGGACAAGAAGCGACUUGCCUAAAGCCACGCGGCAGGUCAGCAGCAGAACCAGGAAGGGCCUGGCAGGUCUGCUGACCCCUGGUCCAGGGCAUACCACCAUAUCACACGUGGCCUUGUCAGACCCAGUCCUGAGCAGAGAACUGACGCCCCCCACAAACAUGAUCUGCACGGGCCCACCGUGGGGACGCUGCGGCCUCUGGGGGCAGGGCAGCAGUCCCUGGGCUGGCGCCUGUGGGCUGGAGGGCACCGGGCCGCAUGCAGGGAGCCCCGCAGCUCUGCCUGCAGCCUGUAACCAUUCAGCGCGGCCCUGCACGGCUCGGGCUCUGCUUAGUGAUCACGGUGGGUGGGGGCUGACCUCAGCUUCCAGGGGACUGUCACUGUGGACGCCAAAAUGGCAUAACUGAGUUAAGGUGAUCAAGUGACAAAUAAAGCCAAUUGUUUACAAGCCA